CCCCCCCCCCCCCCGAGCCGGAGGGUGCUUGUGGGGGGGUGUGCCACGACGAAACAAGGGAAUGAAAGGCCGCUUUGCAUUGCAUGCUCCUAACGCUCCCCACAAUGAUGGCUCUGUUGUCUUGGGGAGCGUUGAAGCUUGCUUCUUCUCUAGGGUUUUCUUGGCCAUCAAUACGACGACAUGUCCUUAAUAGAACCGAUCUGACUCUCUGAACAAUCGGAAUUUCAUACUUCUGUCGGAUCUUCCCUAUCUCCUGAUCGAGCUUGUGUAGGUAGAUGUUGCCAGGUAGGGCCCAUAGUAGUACACUGUGUGGGAUGGAGUACGGGCCCCUCUCAACUCCAACGAGUCGUCCGGCGGAAAAGACUUUAUGAAUGGAGUAAAAGAACUUGGGAUCGUCGAUCUCUUCCUUCAAAAUUUGGAUUAGUCAAUGUCGAUCGAUUGUGUGAAAACACUUCCUGAUGUCGAAUUCUAAAAACCAGCGAGAGAUUCACCACUCUUCUUUGAUCCGUCUUAGGACCGAGUGGCAGCCUUGACCCAAGCAGAAAUGCGAUGUGUCAGGAAACUCGGGAUCGUAAAUGGAUUCGAGUACCAUUCUGAUCGCCUCUUUCAUGAUCUUUUCUAUAGGUAGAACUACUGUGAGCGGUCUAAACUUCCACCCUUCUUUCUUUCUUCAUAUUGUAAAGGGGGGAAAAGCUCGUUUUUUGCUCUCCUUUUUGAUUAUCAAGGGAGGAACCCGUCGUUUCAGUGACUCAUAGGGCUUCCCUCAGUUCAGUCUUUUUGGUUCUUGAAAAUGGUCGCCACCUCUCUUCUUAUUUCAGUCGAGUUGCUAAAGCACCUCUCCCAGGACCGGAAUGAUUAUCCAUGCCCGAUGGGUCUACAUCCAUCCCUGAAUGUCGUCGGGUACUGUUCACUUCCCCGCCAUUCUUGUAACUGUCACUUGUAAUCCGCGCAGGUGUGUCCGCACCCCCCUGAGUGGACGAGAAAGAAAGGAUUUCUCGGAGCAACAGUCUAGGUUCCAGACCCAGGAGUCAACUUUCCCGUAUGAGCAUUCGAUAGGUCGUCUGAGGGUUCGCCGCGGUUCAUUGCUGUGCUUACACACAAGGCUACCCUUCUCCGAAAGCUACGCAGGACCACCUACCACUAAUCUUCGGCCAUAGGGGUUUAUUGCACAAAUGCUGGGACGCAGGCUCCCGAAGAGGGAAGCCCAACGAAUGUCAGAUGCAAAGUUCCGCACCUCAUUAAGAUCAUAUUGGCAUACUCUCCCAAAAAAAAAAAAGCAGACCCCAUUGAAGACGAGAGCAGGGAUUUCCUCCAAGGCCAUUUCUGUCCACCGCCCUUCUCACGGAACCGUACGUGGACGUUACCGCUCAUACAACUCCCAGCCAGCAAGAGUUAGCCUUCCUCUACAAGAAAUGGAAAUGUGGAUGAAUUGAAUGAAAUCGAGGAAUUUGGUUUUUCUUUUCAGACAUGAUAAAGUGGAUCAGGACGAGAAUGAAUCCGGGAAUCCAGGGCAUACUCAUCCUGGAGCUUCCGCUCUCCUCUGGGAAGGGCUUUUUUAUGGAUUGAGAGAUGAGGAGAGGUAUUUCUUACUCGACUAAAAGGAGAGGGUAGCCUCCCGUAAAAUAAGAAAGUAUGAAAAACUGGAUUAAGAGACGAAAAUUCUUCAAAGAAAGCCA